AUGAAAAGGGAGAAAAGGGAGAAGAGGGUUUGCGCCUGCUCUGUCCUGGACAGGAGCCGCUGGGGCUGCCGCACCACCGGGCACUCUGAGGACCAUGACCUUGGACUGCAUAGGCUACUCAUGGAGGAGAAGGACAUUGACGUGGGGGGACAGACGGCUGAGGUGCAGAUGGAAGAGGCAGACUUUGCUGUCCGGCUUCAGGACGGCCCGAGCAAGAGAACCGCCUCGGUGAAGCCCCCGUACUCGUACAUCGCUCUCAUCACCAUGGCCAUCCUCCAGAGCCCGAAAAAGAGACUCACCCUCAGUGAGAUAUGUGAUUUUAUUAGCCAACGGUUUGUGUAUUAUCGGGAGAAAUUCCCUGCGUGGCAAAACUCAAUCCGUCACAACUUGUCGCUAAAUGACUGCUUUGUCAAAAUGCCCCGGGAGCCUGGGAAUCCUGGGAAAGGGAAUUAUUGGACCCUGGAUCCCAUGUCGGCCGAUAUGUUUGAAAACGGGAGUUUUCUUCGGCGGAGGAAACGCUUCAAGAGGCAACGUUUCUGUUUGGGAACGCUGAAGGACUCCAGGGCGCAGGAGCGCAGCCUGAUGCCUGUUUUUCCUCUCCCCGGAGAACACAGGAUGGGUUCUUGUCUCCAAGGUCCUGAUGUGUACCGCGACCUGAGCAUAGGAAGCCCUUUAAGCUCCCACACCGGUUCCAACAUCCGACCUGUGCGCAGCAUUAUACCUGCGCUCUCCUCGCUCCUCUCCAAGAAUUUCCCCUCUUGUUUAACCUUUGAACAUUUCGACACGGGACGCUGCGCCGUUGUCCCACCUUUGGCUCCAAACUCGUCGUUCAUGCCUCCUGUGUCGCUGCACGGACUGAUACCCAACUACCCCGUUAGCCACUUGUCCAGUUUUCCUUCUGGGAUCAUUAAGAUUUCGUCUAAUUUAAUUUAAUUUAAUUUAACGAUGCCCCUGCAUGUGCUGAGCUCACAGGGAAAUUGUGACUGAAUCUUCUUUCUCUCGGCCUCAGAAUAAACUCAUAGUACUUAAUAUAGCAAUACUAUGGCCUAAGCUUGCAAACUGGCCAGAAGCCUAUAUUUAGCAAUGUGUUUGCUUGAAGCAAAUGUUUUUGAAUAACUGAUAUUUUACAGCUCUCGAAAUGUUUGGAAUAAAAAGCAACAGACUUUGUACCGUGUCUGUGCAGUUUGGAUUAAACGUCCAAGGGUUUAUAAUUAUCAUGGUCGCUAUCAAAUAAUGCGGGCCUUUAGCCUGACGACUUCUUCUUUGGUGGCCUGUUUUAAAUAUUUUUUUCUUUUUUUUAAACAUUUAUUUGAAAUAUUUCUGGGAAUUCAAGCGCAAAAGAAAAGUCACAGUAUAAAUUACUGAGUCCAUGAUUAUAAUAAUGAUAAUAAUAAUAAGAAGAAGAAUAUAAGAAAUAAAAAGACGGCUUUGUUAUCAAUUCAGAGUGGGUGUCAUUUUAGGAGAAGAAGAAGAAGAUCGGAGCAUGGAUGAGGACAACUUGUCUCUGCCUCUUUUGUUUAUUGGUUAUCACUGUGAGUGCGUGUGUGUGGUUUCUUGCACAUCAUGUCUGAAGGAGGGCCCGCUUUAGUCAAAACAGGCCUUCGUGUUACAGCACACGCUGGUCUUGUCUCUGCAGCUUAAAUCAGUAGCACAUGGCCGUAGCAGAGUUUGCUCUGUCCACCAUGAACAUCAAAUACAUCUGCUCCGUCGGGUUUUUACUUCAAGUUCAGGCUGUGCCGCGCUGGAUUUCAUCGGAUAUGCUCGGUGGUGUUUGUUUUGACAGGUGGAAACAUCAGAGGCUCAGUGCGCGCGGAGAAAAAAAAAAAACUUUACCGCAACUGAAAAAAUACACAACCACGAUUUUAAAUAAAUACUGUAUACUGUAUGUAUAUAAUAUACAGACAUGGGCAGAUAAAAUGUAUUGAAAGAUCAGAAGAUAAUCAUUAUGCAGAAUGGCGUCUUUCAGACUAAUGCAUUUUUAUAUAUUAUUGCUAUGUUAAUGUACCUUCAAGUGGAAUUUGUUAGAAACAACAAAGUUCAUCAUACAUGCUUUUUUUUUAAUGCAAAGUGCUAAUAGCUAUUUGUGAACUACAGUAAUCAUAUAAAUUAAUGAGUAAAAAGUGCCACAUUUAUAAUUUAUUUGAUGUUUGUAUCUGUGUGUGAGUGAGAGAGAUCUUAAGGGUGUGGAACAUGGUAAGUGU